ACUCACCCACUCAGUCAGGGAGCCCCCCUAUGCCGUGGAGUGUACCCACUUGGUUCACACUACUAUCUAGGUUCUUUUGCCACUUCCUGCACUCCAACAGGUGCAACGACAGACCCCUCUCCAAGGUCCUUCAGGGCAGGUGCAGCCAUGUCGCUGUUCUCCACCAUGACGAGGGGAGGGAGCGGAAACUUCAGGCUGAAGCGAUCUGCAGGGAGGUGCAAGCCCUGGAAGACGUGGAGAUGGAUCUGGGCAAGAAGGUGAGCGUGCCAAAGGACAUCAUGCUGGAGGAACUGUCCCUUGCCUCCAACCGAGGAUCUCGCCUCUUUAAGAUGCGGCAGAGACGAUCGGAAAAAUACACCUUUGAAAGCAUCCAGAAUUACAACAACACACACAUGAAUAACACGGUGGACUCUCUAGCUGAUAAUUCCACAGAAGACUACAAUACUGACAACCAGGCCUGCACAGUUGAUACCACUGAAAUGGUUCCACAUCCAGACGCUAUCGCACCUGGGUACGGAGGUCCCUUGAAAGAUGUCGCACCGGAGAAGUUCAACAGUACAGCGGUCCCAAAGUCCUACCACUCACCGUGGAAACAGGCGAUCAUCAGCGACCCAGCUUUGGCUGAGACCCUCAUAACCCACAUGUCAGAGCCGGAAGCACCAACAAACCGACCAGGCUACAAAAGUUUCAAUCGAGUGGCAACUCCCUUUGGUGGCUUCUCCAAGGCACCCCAAACUGCACCCUUCAAGAGCCCAAACGUAGAGUCCACCCUACCCGAAUACCCUGAGCUCAAAGUGGACUCUGCACCAGGUCGCCCCACCUUUAACAGGUCUGCCCUAGGGUGGGUGUCCACAGAAGCGCCGGUCACCCUCUCCACUACCGUUUGCCAGCUCCCUGAGUCAGAUGACCUUUGAACCUGUCAUGCUGUAACUGAUGUUGGGUUAAAAAUAUAUUAUACAGUAGUGUAUAAUAAUGUCAAUUGUUUUGUUUUUGCUCAAUAAAAUUGGGCCCAAUGCAAUAUUUCCCAUUCCACUUCACUUUACUCCUCUUCACUCCAUUUUAGUACAUUUCACUUUACUCCACCUCUGGGACAAAAAUUGAUGUGGGGAUCCGCAGCUCUAACUGUGCCAACUCGCCCGCUCUGUUGUGUCGAGUCUGCAGUGGCAUGUUCGCGGGCUGGCCCAAGAGAUUUCCAUCCAUCUGUUUUCUAUGCCGCUUAUCCUAAUUAGGUUCGCGGGGGUAUACUGGAGGCAGGGUACACCCUGGACUGGUCGCCAGCCAAUCACAGGGCACAUGUAGACAACCAUUCACACUCACAUUCAUACCUAUGGACAAUUUAGAGUUGCCAAUUAACCUAACAUGCAUGUUUCUGGAAUGUGGGAGGAACCCGGAGUACCCGGAGAAAACCUACGCACCCACGCACGGGGAGAACACUCCACACAGAGAUGCACUCCAAGCAGAGAUUCGACCCCAGGUUUUUCCGAUCUCCUGACUGUGUGACCAUCAUGCUAACCAUGCGGCCCCCAAGAGAUUUACUUAUCGUAAUUACCAAGGCAAAGUGCAGCAAUAAAUAUAUCAAUAAAUAAAUGGCCAUCAAUCCAUCAAAAGCCUGAUGGCCAGUCCGCCCCUGUAUAUAGUCCACAUCAUGUCAUAGUGUAUCAGUUGGAUGACACCUGUACUUCCUGAAUGGCUGAUGUCACUAACAGUACACAUUUCCUGUAUAAUUUACUCUACUGUGGGGGAAAUAUCUUUAGUCUGCAUUGUCCAAGCUCUGUAUUCUUGUAUUUAUAAUAGACUAAGAGACGCAACCAUGGUGAAGGAAGUGGCCAAAUGUUUACUGAGGUACAGGAAGCUGCCAUUGCAAAUUUGGGUUUGGAAACCAAUGAAAUCAGACUAUGGGAAAAUUCGAGCCACAUCAUCCAACACAACAACAUUCAACCAGUCAGUCCGUCAUAGAUAUUUUUGAAUGGCCACAUGGUGGCCUAGUGGUUAGCAUGGAUGAAGCAAGGAAAAAUCCUAUUUUAAUUGUACUCAGCUGUCGUUUCCUCCUCAGGUCAGAAUAUGUCAGUCAGAUGAGCACCCCCAUGUUGCUCAAAUCAGGUGGAUCAAACCAAACGGAGUAGUGAGGGGGGUGAGCUGACCGCUGGGCGUCAGCCUCCAUGCUAGUUACAAGGUAAAAGAGUACAUGACAACAGUAAUUGCUAAAAAAUAAAACUAAUUUCAUUCUUAAUAUUGUAUAAUAUUGGCUAUAUCGCAGGCCAGGAGUCUCAAACAUGGCAUUUCACUAUGAAAAUGUGAAAUAAAACCGAGGAAAUUGUGAGUCAAUAUCGAUGUGAUGGUGGGAAACGAUGUUUAAUUUGAUGUCAUUCAUUUGUGUCAACAAAAUGUGAAAAAGAGAAACUCGAAGCCAUCACUACCCAAGUUAGAAAGAAGAGGAAUGAAGAAGAGAAGAAACGGGCCAAAGAUGGAGCUAUGCCAUCACUUUAAGUAUACCAUAUUAUGGAAUGGAUGUGAUCAAUUCAACUAACAUUACUUGGUGGCUGUCAGCUAACUGUGGUUCAUUUGUUUUCUUGACGGAGAGUUUUAAUUGCGUGAAUAAUAUAUCCAGUAGUCCCUCGCUAUAUCGCGGUUCUAAUAUCGCUCCCUCACACUAUAUCUUGGUUUGUCAAAAGAGAAUUAAUCGAUUAAUGUUAGCUGUUUUGUGGGUUGACCAUGGCAUAUUAUUAGUCAAAAAUAUUGAGAGACAAGUUAUAUGUAGUAUUCUGGUCACUAGGCAUGAGUAAUGUUAUGAGAUUACAUUAGCUUUCACGCUGCAUGGAGACUGGCUACUGAGCCAGCAGAGCAGAGUCGACAUGCCAUGGCUGAGAUCAGGUGAAGAAAAGGUCCUCCUCUCAUUCCGUGUGGAAGUGGUAAGUUUUGGGCUUUUUUGUCCUUCCUCCCCACUCUGUUUGAAACACUUUCUUAAGUUUAGAACAAAAUAAAUUGGAGAGACUAACUUGUUAGCUCGGUAGCUUGCUAUGCUAGCAGUGGCCGUCUGUUAUGUCCCUGUAGUGAUCCCGUAUCUGCGCAAUGCGAUGUAAACAAAGAAUAAUAGGAGUGUAAAAUUGACUAUUUGGGUGUUAUUUCAUGUCUGCGGGGCUCUAAUAAUGUUAAAACCCAUACUUAGAAAGUAAUAAGUUUUAUAUGCUCUAACUACAAAAAUGUUAUGUUUAUUACUAUUGAAUCCUACUUUGCGGAAAUUCACUUACUGCGGCCGGGUUUGGAACCAAUUCACCGCGAUAAACGAGGGACGACUGUACUGUAUUUCAAAUGCAAAUUAAGGGGUGCUCAUGAAAAGAGGCGGACAAAGGGGGGCGGUCCGACCAGGGUGUCAUACAAGUCAGGUCCAGGGUGUAUACUGUCUCUUGCCCGAAGUCAACUGGGAUAGGCUCCAGCUCAUGCAUGACCCUAAUGAGGACAAGUGCCAUAGAAAAUGAAUGGAUACAUUUAUGAUUUUUUCAUUAUUUUUUACAGUACUUAAUAAAAAUAGAGAGUUCUGCACUGCAUGAUACAACCUAUCCCUCCCCCGUGUUAGUUUUUUGUUUGUUUAUGUUUUGACUAUCCAGGAUGUCAGUACAUUUGUGUGAUAUUGUCUUCUGCCAUGUGACUAAAUCCAGCAUCCACAUUCCAAGCUUCAGUAGGAGAACGCUUGGAAUGCUACCACUCCCUUUCCCACAACCCCCCACACCCCCAAUCUUCCCUCCUUUCUUGUCCAAUAAUGAAUUCCUGUCAGUGGUCACUUUUUGGAAGACAGUGUGUGAAGUAUGAAGUAGUACUGCCAAAUCACCUACUGAAUAAAUGUAAUGCCGCUCUACAUUAAUAGUGUGUGAACUCUAUUUGCACUCUGUUCGGAGCGUUUAUCACAAGGCACCAACGGGAAAUAAUAUUGGCACAGGCUAUUGGACGUGGGGGGAGGCGGGGGCAGUCAGACAAUUCGAUUAUUAGUGUCUAACUAGUUUCCCCUCAGGCUUUUUUCACUUGGCAUGACGGAGACACUGCACUCCAAAAUAA